GGCAGCACCUGCCGGGUGACCAUUGCACCUGACAGCCAUGGAUUUCUUGCAACCUGCUGGUGCAGGGGAUGGACAAGCAGGCAAAUUAAAGAAAGUCUUCGAAAAGAUCGAUGCUGGCGAUCAGGAUGGAGUCCUUGAACUCCUGGAGACAGACUUUGGGGACGAUGCCAACGUGGCGGAUGAGACCGGGACCACGCCCCUGUUGCUGGCAGCCGCCUUGGGGAAGCAACAGAUCGUUCAGGCCCUCAUGGAGAAGAAGGCCGACCUCAUGGCUUCGGAUUUGGAGGGGGACAAUGUGCUCAUGAUGGCCAUCUCGCAGAACCAUCUGGACAUUGUCCAGAUCCUAUUGGCUGAGACGGAUCGUGUGGAUCCCGAUGUCCCGAACAAGAUCGGCCAAACGCCUUUGAUGAAGGCCGUCAGCAAAAACAACAUGGAGGCAGUACAAAAGCUCUUGGACUUGAAGGUGAACGUCAAUGCCACGUCACAGGUUGGCAAGACUGCUUUGAUGGAGGCUGUGGAGAAGAAACACAUGGAACUGGCAGACACGCUGUUGAAUGCUGGAGCAAACGCGUCCAUUGCUGACAGCAAAGGAAAGACCGUCCUGUUUCCGGCUGCCUUCCGAUGCGAUGCGGCGAUGCUGGGCAAACUGCUGGAUGCCAAAGCGGAUCCGGCGGCCAAAGCGCAGCGCGUGGGAACUGCUCUGAUGAUGGCGGUGGAAUCGCCUUGCUUCAAUCUGGAUGCAUUGAAAGUGCUGAUCGACCGCGGAUGCCCGGUGGAUGCGCCCAAUGAGGAUGGCGAAACCGUGGAGGCUGUUGGUGCCUUGCUGGCCGCUCGAGCGGAUCUGCGGAAGAAGAAGCAGGACAAGACAGUGAUAGACUUGGCCAAGGGCUAUCCAGCCAUGGAAAAGCUGCCUGGUUUGUACUGUGACGAUGUGGAGUUUCAAGUUGGACCAGAGGGUGAAAGCUUUUUCGGGCUAAAGGCCAUCUAUGCACGGGCCUCCGAGGUUUUCUCGAAGAUGUUUUUUGAGACCAGUUUUCGGGAACAGCAAGAAACCACACCGCGAGUGGUGGUGAAGAUAGAGGACAUCAUGCCUGCAGCCUUUCGGAUCAUGCACCGAUGGGUUUAUGACAUGGAUGUGACUUUGUCUUGGGACACCAUCUUUGGCGUACUCGACGCAGCUCGCAAGUAUAUGGUGGAGGACCUCGAAUUGACGUGUCGUCGUUGGAUAGCAUUGGAAGCGAGAGCAGCGACCGGUGCUGUCGGCCUAUUCUGUGCUGCCGCGGCGGGCCAGUGGAUUCCCUGGAGUGAAGCGCUGCGGGCACGGGUGCAGUCCUUUGGAGCAGCUGCAUUGGCUGCAUCUCCCGAGGCUGUGGGUCAGCUUCCAGCCGAUGCAUUGAUGUCGUUGUUGAGUAGCGAGGAUCUAUCUGUAGAAAAAGAAGAAGAAAUUUUCGACGCCGUACAGGCUUGGGCUGCUGCUGCAAGUGAGCGCGGCAAGGAACCGGCAGCAGCGUGGCAGAGAAUCACUGAAGCAGAUGUCAUUCAUUUUCAUUUGCUGGAGCAAAGGUUUUUCGCGGAGAAGGUGGUAUUGUUAGGCCGCUUGACACAGGAGCAGAGCCUUUCAGUCUUCGUCUCCAAAGCCAUGGGGAACUGCCGGGCUCGGCCAUCCAGCUUGAUGGCAAGGCUUCAGCUGAUUCUCCGUGAUUGCAGCUACGAGGACGCAACAUCCAUUAUUGACAACAUCAUCGAGCUCAGGCACGAGGACACAUACCCCAGAACUCUGGCCCAUUGUCUUGUACAGAAAGCUCUGGCAGACUAUGAGCACUGCAGUGAGUGGGUGAACAUGUGGACCGAACUUUGGGGUGGCCUCAGAGCGGCCGGUCUGCGUGACGAAUGUGCUCCCUGGCGGCAGCUGGUGUUGUGCAAUCUCAACGACUCCCGUAAGCUGGCGGUGCUACCCCUGAUGAAAGUGCUGGUGCGCAAAGCCGAAGAGUCAGCGCCACAGGGAGGCACCACCUGCGAUCCAGCCGCUGCCGUCGGGAUGGACAGUGAUGCUGACUACAAAGUGUGGCUAGAGAGUUGGCAACUCACCUUGAAAAGGUUGAGACCGUUCUUGAACCAUCCAGGCCUCGACACGAAAGGUGUGGCAUUUCACAAGCCCAUCAACCGCGUUCACACGUCUCAAGAGGCUCUUACGCCCUUGGCUGCGUGCCCCUUUGAUGCUGAUCGAAAGGAUCCACCACGCUCCAGUUCCAGGCAGGAGAAGAUAGCUCCCUGCUUGCGAGUCCAUCGUGGUCUAACAGGUAUUAGGGCCAGUCCCAGCUUGACGCAACGAGCUGAGGCCAGGCCUGAGAACCUCGAGAAGUCGAUGAUGUUAGGGCCGAGUGAAGGGCACAGCUUGUCGUCAUCGCCGAAACGUUUCGCGCAUUUCGGGAAUGUGGAUGGGCAAUUCUCAGAGGAGCCUGACGACCCAAGGGUGCUGGUGCCAGCACAUCGCAUUGGGGAUGCUCCAAAGAGAAAAGGUGAAGCACUGCCCAGCACCAGGCGUGCUAACAAUGCCUCCAGCCAGUCUGGCUUGAGACGUGCGCAAAAGCCAGCGCUUUCGGGCCACUCGUCGCUGCCUUCCCUCUCGGGGAAGCAAAUGAAGCUGCACACAGCGCCAGAGCUGCCUGGGCACGCUGGGCCGGCCACGGGAACGUCCUCGAAGUCCUUGCAAAAUGCAGGCCUUUUGCAGUUCAUGCUGCCAAGCUUUGGUUUUCCAGCCACAGUCGCUGAGGAGGCUGCCCUCGAAGAGCUCUUUGCACAGAUGCCGUUUAUGGAGGACCAGGCGCACCAAUUUCAGGAAGAUUCCUUCCAAAAGUACCAUCGUGGGUUCCAUCUUCAAUUUCAGGGGCAGCCGUCCAGACAGCCAGUGCCGGCGGCACCGGAAGCUCCUGAGGCCCCAGCCCAGGAACGGGUGGGCCCUGGCGGCCUCCAUCCCAGUGGCGGGCUGCCGGCGCAGGCAGCGCCUCAAGGAGCGCAGUGUGGCCAAUACGCGGCAUCCGCUGAGUUGCUUGACGUGGACGUCACUGUGCUCGCCUUUGCGCAAUGGGUGAUGGAACUGAAAAACAAAAGCUCCAAUUCCCAGAAGUCGCUGCAGAUUGAGCUGAACACCAUCAAAAAUGCCAUCAACGGCAACCACAGCGAUCUUGCCGACUUCAAGCGACAGGGAGCAGCGAUCCAGCAACACAUGCAGUCAGAGAUCAAUGAGAUUCGUGAAUCCUUGAGUUCGGUCUUCAUGGAAAUCACCGCUGCUGUGCGCAACAAUGCUGCCGCAGAUCAGGACCUGAAGAUGAAAAUUCAAACCUUGAAUGAACAGGCUGUGCGAAAUGAGACGGCCUUUGCUCAGCUGGCGGAUGCAGCAGAUCAGUCACAGUCAAAGUUACGUGCAGCUGCCCAGGAGAUGCAACAAUCCAGCGAGCGGAUGCGGGAGGACAUGGCAUCCCUGAACCAGCAGACGGAAGCCCUGCAGACUCAGGUUGCUGACCGUUCCGAGCAGCUGCGAAGCGAAACGGAUCAGUUGGCGCAGGAGCUGAGGACGCAACUGGAGAAACGGAAGGUCCAACUGCAGAAGAUGGUCCAAGAUGUGGUGAACGUUGGGGAGUCACUGCAAGGCCUGGUGAGCGACUUUGGCAACCUGCGGAAAGAGUCGGGUACGACCCAAAGUAAGCUUCAAUCAUCCUUGUAUUCAGUGGACCAGAUGCGACGAAUGGCUGCCGCACCGGCCAGCUCCCUGCCAGGUGGCAUCGCUGAAGCCUUGGAGCCUGCCCCGGUGGCACCCAAAGCCACGCCGAAGGGGCCAAAGCAAAAGGUGCAAGGCUCAUUAACGGCCAUCAGUGAAGCAGCCGAGUGGGCCGAAGAGUCCACGGCUGAGACGAGUACGAACGCCGCGGAAGUGGAUGCUGUGUGGGCCGAGGCAGGCUUUGGGGACCUUGGGGACGAGGAUGCACGACCAGAGCAAGGUUCUGCCGCGACUGUGAAAGCGAACGCCGUGGCUGCGGCUUGCGCUGCCCGGAAGGGUGGCCUGGGAAUGAUAUUUCCAGCUUCAAAGGCUUCAAGCCGUGUAGUCCCAAAGCUAGAGACGAAAGGGCCAGCUCGUCUGGAGGAAAAAGUCGCUGAAGAAGUCGAAGUGAAUUCAGCUUCCUCAGAGACCUCGGAAGAGGAAGUGGAGGUGAAACAUGUGUCAAUCCAGCCGAGGCCGCAAGCCUCAGAGGUUGUAGAGCUUCAAGUGGAGGAUGAGGUGGUCAACUCCAAGUCGAGCCUUGGCACUGCGGAUGGGACCCACAGGUUGAAGUCAGCAGAAUCUCCACCACGGGCCGUUGCGGAAGUCAAAUCAGCUUCACCGCCCAAGGUGCGUACGCUCGCUGGACAUGCGCGCUGCGACAUGAUGGAGGAGGCGGUGAAGAAACAUCAGCGAAGUGAAGAGGACAGCGCUCCGCCAAAGUCUGCGUGGAGAAACCUCCCCGCCCUGGCGCGUUCGGAUGCUCAAAGCAGGCACACCGAGGUCAAGAUUCCUGGCAACCUUCCAGAGUCUCAUUCAGGUGAGGAGGACGUGGAAGAGGAAUGGGCUGAGAUCGGAAGAAAAAGCGAAGAACUUGCCAAGCAGGCAAGGGAAAACAAAGGGAAGAUUGCAGUGCAGCAGGAUGUGCUAGCCCAACCAGUCUACUACAAAGAGGUACAUGCCUGGCUGUUGCAGGAGUUUGGCGGCCAAUCCUCUGAUCAAGGUUCCUCAAGCAAGUCAAGUCAAGGCGACUGCAUGGAUAAGGAGUUUGUUCUUCGCUUGAAGGCUACGAAGUUCGACUUCUAUGAUGCGAUGCAUCACCGGAUGCUGCGCACCAUGUACUGCAAGCUGUCGAGAUGCCAGGUAUGCCCACGGGUCGGCAGCCAUUGGGAGGUGCUAGGCUUCCAGGGCAGUGACCCCUUGACGGAUCUGAACCGCUCUGGGGGACUGCUGAAUGUCGUCCAUAUGUUCUUCUUUUUUGCUCACUACUUCGAAAUCUUCAAGUCAGCAUAUCAUCUGUCUCAGGACGUCCAGCAGAACUUCCCCCUGGCCGCCGUGUGUAUCAACAUCACCAAGAUGGUGAUGGAUGCCCUGGUGGCCAACCAACUUUCAAGCCUGGAGGGCUGUGUCUUUGACGCGUCUUCUCGUGCAUUCUGCGGAGGUUUGCACCACUUCUACUGGCAGUGGCGGAGCCAGAAGCGGACCAUAAGGGACACCGAGCUGACAUUCAAGGAGAUUCAAAGUCAUCUCCGACAUCCCAAAGAGUUGCUGGAAUCGCUGGAGGAGGCCGUGUCGAGACACAGCAGACAGACAGCAGAGGUUGAGACCAUUGAGUUUACGGACUUGGCAAACACAGAGGAAACUGCAAGCUGAUGGGCUGCUGAUGCAGGCAUGCUUAGUUUGCUAAAAGGGAGAUCCCAAACUUGAUGUUCAAUGAUUUUCAUUGAUGUUCAAUUAUAUCAUCUGGUAUUGUUCAUCUCCGCAAAUGUAACCAUGAUCCCAGGUGACUUUACUUUCAGGGUGCCUCAGGUUAGCUGUGCCAGGUACCCUACUGAAACGGACAAUGUGGGCCUUGGCUGGUGGAUUUGGGUAACCGAACUCAUGAGUCAAAGUAAAACACCACGGGAUGCUCCCACCGAAAGCUGAGAACAGUGGGUUCCAACGAAUUCCUUCCAAAAUUUGUAGCAUCAUGGGGGAAAUCAAUGGAAAUCACUGACUGCCAGUGGAUUCUGGAGGUUUCAAAAAGAUCCUGCACUG